AUGAUUUUCAAAAACAUAAAGUCUUUAAGGACUCCAGCCAACACCUUAUUAGUGAAUUUAGCUGUCAGUGAUGGUUUGAUGAUGUCAAAAAUGCCGAUAUUUAUUUAUAAUAGCUUUAACAGGGGACCUGCUCUUGGAGACUUAGCUUGUAGACUCUAUGGUUUUAUUGGUGGACUAAGCGGAACUGCGUCGAUAGUAACUCUAGCAGCCAUUUCAUUCGACAGAUAUUUUGUGAUUGCAUAUCCAUUGAGUAGAAAAUAUGCUGAUAUUCGUAUUAAAACAUCUGUGAUUGGAUCUUGGAUAUACGCUACUGUUUUUUCAUCAAUCCAACUUUUCGAUAUAGGAUUUGGCAAGUACCAAUACGAGGGAUAUUUAGUCAGUUGCAGUUUCGACUACCUAACUGACAACUCAGCUAUAAAAAUCUUCAUUAUCGUCUUUUGCGUCGCCGCUUGGGUUUUACCAUUUCAUUUGAUCACGUUUAGUUACAUAAAAAUUCUGCAGGUGGUGGUACAAAAGUCAUUUGGGUCACCAACUAAGAAAGAAUCGUUUAGACAUGUAAGGGAAGAAACCAGAAGAAAACAAGAAAUCAAACUAGCCCUAACCAUCCUAGCUAUGAUAUUUCUCUGGGUCUUCUCAUGGACGCCAUAUUCAGUAAUAUCUCUCUUAGGUAUAUCUGGUAACAAACACCUGAUAACACCAAUAUCCUCCAUGAUACCAGCUUUAUUUUGCAAAACGGCCAGUGCCAUCGAUCCAUACGUCUACGCUAUUUCCCAUCCAAAAUUCAGAGAACAAAUCCUAAAACUCUUUUCCAAAAAAGACACCAUGAAAAAACGUCAAAAAGUUUGGUAUUCUAGAAGUAGUAAACGAACUCAGGUACAGUCAAGGGAUACCAGUAUUGAUAAUGUCGAAGAAGAGUUUAUAGAUGUUGAGAUGCAUCGUUCGGAAGAAAAACGAAUAUGUUCUGGGAAAGGCAUGAAUGAAGAGGAGUUAAAACGUCACGAAUGUGACUUUGAACCACCAAACUCGUCGUAUAUGUUGUGCUUUAAGCCGAGUUUUAGUAAUAGGCCUUCUAGUUUGAGGAAAUUAUCGAGAAGAUUUUCAACGUUUAAUACACAAAAAUGUAGUGAAGUAGAGUAGUGUAAAUUGAUUAAACUCUUCUUCGGACGUAAUAAUCAGAAAAUGUAAUGUACAGGGUGAUUUAAACUUGGCAUCUUGGACUAUACUAGAAAAUAAAAAUAUAUAUCCUAAGUUGGUCCGUGAGUUAGAAAAAAUAGAUAAUAAAUUGUUUAAACAUAUAUUUCUAAUUUCAAUUAUUAUAACCAAGAGGUUUAGUUUUGUCACAAUUAGGAUUUAAAAAAAUUAUCUUCAAAGAAAUAGUUAACUAUAAGUUAGUUGUAUAACAAUAUAAGAUACCACUACACAUAACUGUAUCCUUAUUUACAUUUUUUGUAAUGAUAGAAGACGUCAUGUUUGAAUCACCCUAGGGUAUACUCAUUGUAUACUAUUGUGCCCCGCUGUGAAUUAAAUGUUAGGAAAAAUAUUUUAGAUGUUUUACUUUUAAAAGUAAAAUGAUUUUAUUGUAUUAGCGUUGAUUGAUAGACUUGGGAAGAUACGCAACCUAAUGGACUAAUUCGUUACAAGGCUGAUUUGAUUUCCCCCUACGUCUCAAGUGCUGUACGGUGGGGACACCAAUCGUUCUGCGGUCAACGCAUAAAACGCUUAUUUUCCGAAAGCAUUCCGAAGACGGUGUGGAGUGUGGACCUGAAAACGACAGUGUGGCCAUAUUAAAAUGAGUAAUAUCUGUAAUACGUUGGACGAAAAUAUCUUUGGAUGAAAAAUCCGCGUUUAUGUAUUGAAAGUUUAUUCGUGCUAAACAUAGGGUAAACAACAAAAAUAAAAAUUCGUUUUUAGGUACUGAAUAUGUUGUAUGAUCGAAAAAAGUGGUUUAGUAGGCUUGGAAUUGACUAUUAUAGACAUUUACUAUAAUAUUUUACAUAUCAAAUAACAGCGACCUUCAUUUCCAAACCAACUCUGGCACCGUCCUUUGUUUAAUCAUAUAGUAUUAUAUUAAAUUGUUUAAUGAUAGAAAAUCCAUAAAUCUACGGAUUAAUCGGUAGUUUUGGCAACACUGUAUCCGGCAACCACUCACUCUGUCGACUGGAAGCAGAACUACGCGCAGCGGCUACUACGAAUCAGCGCGCAGCGGCGCAGAGCUAAACUAAAUCUCGGAAUUCUCGGACAGGCUGAUGGUAACGCCAACUACAUCUCGGACAGGUAUUGUGUCACGAAAUCGCCCAUAAGGUUGUGCAUCUUUUUAUUUCUAGAGAAAGAAAAAUAUGGAGAAUGUUUUUAAACAUUUUGUACAUUCUUAUAUUUAAAAAUGAAUUUAGAACACAAAUGUAGUAUAAAGUAAGCUAAUUAAAUGUUCUCUAUAGAAAGGAAUUAUUAUGUUUAGUUAUGUAUUAUUUAUUUAUUAGAAUAACCUAUUUUGUAG